AUGUUUUACAGUCACGAAAUCCUGACCAACCAGCAGUAUGGCGUUGCUACCGUGUGGUUGGUGUCCACCUUUGGACUCAGAUCAAGCAACAGGAAGAUCUCGCGCAAGGCAAUCCAGGAAGUCAACGUCCGUAAAGCCUGCGAGACCAUUCUCCAGCCGGGCGCCCCCAUCGCGUUGCGACUGCAGGGAAGUCUGCUAUAUGGCGUCUCUAGGGUCUUCUCCCAGCAGUGCUCCUAUGUGCUCACCGACGCCGAGAAGAUUCAUAUGCACAUGAGAUGCUUCUACAAUGUCUUGGGAGGCAGCGGGAAUGCCCUUGAUCCGCAAGCCGGAAAGGCAAAGCGCAACCAACUCAUCCUCCCCGAUGAUCCAGACUUCGAGGUCAACAUGGGGCUUCCAGCCUUCCACUUCGACGAGGAGGGAAAUCUGGCUACCCAAUUCCAGAGUCAAGCCUCACGCAAAACUUCGUCCCAAUUCUCGCCGCUUGACAGAUUCAACCUCACACCGGAUGGCAACGGCUCCUUUAUCAUCGGCCUCGAUCUACCUCAAUCUUCUCCUACCAAUCCCUUGUACUCUCAGCACUCUUCCUAUUCCCUCGGACCUCUUUCUCAACACAAGCCUGACGACGAUAUGAUGCAGUUCGGCGAGCCUGAGGCCAACGCUGAGAUCUUCGGCGACUGGGGAAUUGAGAUCGACGCUGACGGCAACGUGAUGGCAACUGUGGACGAGCCUGAGCUGCCCAUUCUGCCGCGACCGGAGGAAGAGAGAGCUUAUGCCACUGCCUCUGGCCAAGUUCAUGAUGAGCCGGAAUUCCACUUUGACGACCAAGAUGACCUGCUGAUAAACGGAGGCACUGCUCCUCCACCCGAGGCCGACGAAGUUCCAGGCCUUGUCCCCGACCAAGUUGAGCAAGCUCAGGAAAACCAAGUCAUGGCAGAAGCCGAGGAAGAACAGGUCAUUGCGGAGGAGGAGCCUGUGGCUGAGGCAUCUGCCGCACCUGUCCGUCGUCGCCAGCGUCGCCGCGUUGUGCUGGCACCCGACGAGGACACAAAAAUCAGUCGCCAUGAACUGAAGUCGUGGAGCAACGAUUACCUCGCCAAUGCCGAGCGGACUAACAACGCUGCCAGACGCGCGGCCGCCACGAACCCAGCUGCUGCCAAGAAACACGCAUACGAUCUGGUAUUUGGUCGUGGAGUUGGCGGUGUCGGAAGCUUUGAUGACGGUUUGAACUCCGGAAACCAUCGCAGCCACCCACUGGCAGCUCUCUUCGCAGGCGUUGACUUUGCUGCCGAAGUCUUGGACAUUGACAUUGACAUUGACGAGGGGCAUGAAGCCGGAGGAAGACGUGGUCGUCGCCGCUCAGCCCUCGAAGCCCUCGAGCUAGAGGAAGAAGACGCCGAGAGACGAGUCCGUCGUCGCCUCAGCGAUGAGAACGAAGAAGAACAUCACGCACAGUCGCAGCAGAAUGUCGCCGAGCCGCAGGCAGAGGCAGGCCGUGGCUUGCUUACCGGAGAAGCCGAAGAAGACGCCGAGAUUGGAAGAAGAGAUGGCUCAGCACUCCCCGACCCCGACAUUCCCUCCGACGCUCCCUGGAACCGGGCCCCAUCCCUCGUGCCGGGCUCAUCAGUCAAAGGCGACAGUCACAUGCCCGGAUCCAGCCGCCAAGUGAGCGCCAGUCCUCUCCACAGCCGCGGCAGCCACUUGGCUCACCUCCCGCCCAUCGAUCGCUUCAGCGACACCGGAUCCUACGCGCCCCUCUUGCACUCCGGUGGCGUCCCCGAUUUCUCAUCUGACCCCGUCAUGCCUCCCGGAGAGGAUGAGCCGGAGCUUCCGCACCUGCCUGGAGGCAAUCAUGGUAGCCAGCUCCUGCGCCGUUCUCCUUCCAGCGAAGCUGGAGCCGCUACAGAAGUUAUGGCCGAAACCUCUCAAGUCAUGAAAGACGCUCUAGACCGCGACGGCCGCAACUUCUUGACUUACGUCAACAUGGUAGCGAAAACCAGGGGUGAGACUCGCUCCCUCGGUGGCGGCACACCCUCCCAAGCCGUGGGUGACGGAGACGGAAACAGGCGUCUCAGGCAGUGGGUUGCCUUUGACGAGCUGUUGGAUGAACCUAGGGACAGAACCCGACAGGUGGCGACGCAGGCUUUCUACAACGUUCUGGUAUUGGCGACCAAGAACGCUAUCAAGGUGGAGCAGGAUAUGGAAGACUUUCAGCCUUUUGGCGAGAUUCGCGUGGGUGUUGAGGUAUCGGAGGCGGAGAUGUUGGCUAUGAUGGAGGAGGAUGGCGAUGCGUGA